UUCAAACACCUGGAAGCUCAGAUUCAAACAUCAUUCGAAACUCAGAAAGAAACAGAUACUUCAAAACUAAAGAGAGAAAAUCAUGAGGACAAGCAACCACCUGAUUGGCUUACUAAACUUUCUCACCUUCUUGCUCUCAAUCCCCAUUCUCGCCGGCGGCAUAUGGCUGAGCACCCGCGCCAACAACUCCGACUGCAUGAGCUUCCUCCAAUGGCCCAUAAUCGUCAUCGGCGUCUCCAUCAUGGUCGUCUCACUCGCCGGAUUCGCCGGCGCGUGCUACCGCAACACCUUCCUCAUGUACCUUUACCUCUGGGCUAUGUUCAUCAUUAUUGCUGUCCUAAUCGGGUUCAUCAUCUUCGCCUACGCCGUCACCGAUAAAGGAUCUGGUCGACCCGUAAUGAACCGGGUUUACCCGGAUUACUACCUUCAGGACUAUUCGGGUUGGCUCAAGGAUCGUGUCGCUAGUGAUAGCUACUGGGGUAAAAUCAGAUCAUGUAUUCAUGAUUCUAAAGCGUGUGCGAAAACGGGUCGGGUCAUUGGUGGGUACCCGGAAACUGCAGACAUGUACUACCUUCGAAAGCUUAACCCCAUUCAGUCUGGAUGCUGCAAGCCACCAACAGAGUGCGGGUACAUCUACAUAAACGAGACCGUGUGGAACCCAGUGAACGCCGCCACCAUGGCCACCAAUCUAGACUGCAACCGGUGGACUAAUGACCAAGAACAACUGUGUUACAACUGUGACUCGUGUAAAGCCGGGGUGCUUGCGAGCUUGAAGAAGAGUUGGAGGAAGGUGUCAGUGAUCAAUAUUGUUGUUUUGAUCAUCCUUGUUAUUGCAUAUGUGAUUGCUUGUGCUGCAUUUAGGAACAAUAAGAGGAUUGAUAAUGAUGAACCUUAUGGUGCUACAAGGAUGGAGAAGGCACGACCCACUCGGAUACAUUUCUAGUGUAUUUUGUUCUUGUUUGGAUUUCAAAUUAUUUUUGUUCAUUUGAUGGUGAAAUGUUGUUACUUUCGGAUAUGUUUUGAAGUUUAUGUUUUUUGGAGGUUGGAUUCGUGUAGAUAUGGUAGAUUUGUUCUUAGUUUGAAGAAAAGUUUUAAAGUCUAAAGGUGGUUUAAGUUUUUUUGAAGAGGAUCUUGUAACCUAGAAUAUGAUUAGACUUAUUGAUAACCAGUUUAUUAUUUAU